UCAGACUGCGCUCCCGUCUUAUUAAUUUUUAAUGGAAAAUGGCUGCGUUUCUUUUCCAAACCUCUGGAGCAGGGAGAUAAAAAUAAAAAAAAAACCCCGUCCAUCUGAGCACAUCUCGCGUCUCGUCCACGUCCCCACCGGAACAAGCCGAUGUUUGUGAUUUAAACUCGAGUCAGCCGAUGUCCCGUGGUGCGAACAUAUUUGGGAAAAUGGAUCGACUCUCGCUUUGAGGGAUGAAAGAUCAUUUUUCGCCUUAACCCUUUCUGCGCCGAGAUUCUGCGAACAAUCGAGCAGAAGAUGAUGCGUCAGGUGACAAGCAGUGACUUCUGCAUGAAUAGCAGGCCGUCAUGCCUGGCAGAGGACGGCCACCACGCCGCCUCCCACUUUGAACUGUGCACCUCCCAGUCCAACAAGUUCUACCCUCCUCCCCCUCCGUCCCUCCAGAUGACGCUGGCUCCCAUGGCCUUACCCGCCCAGAGCCACAAGUCCAUGGUGUGCCAGAGACAGGAAGUUCUUGGUGGUGACUCACGCUCGUCUGGAAAAAUACCCGGCAUUAAAAGCACUGAUCAAGCGCCGGAUGACAGCAAGAAGAAGAACAAGGCUGCCGGGAAGACGGGCAGACGUGGGAGGCCUUUGGGAACCACCAAGCUAGCCGGAUACAGAACCAGCACAGGGCGACCCCUCGGCACCACCAGAGCAGCCGGGUUCAAGACGAGCCCGGGAAGGCCGCUGGGUACAACCAGAGCGGCGGGGUACAAGGUCAGCCCCGGACGGCCUCCUGGUAGCAUCAAGGGCCUCUCUCGCCUCAACAAACUGGCUUACGGUAGCACCUGCAGCGGAGCGGCUUUCCCCUAUCCACUGCCACACAAGGAAAUCCUCUGUGAACCUUCCUGCAAAGAGAAGACAGCUAAUGAGUAAAAGGCUCUCUGCGUUUCUACUCACCCUCCAUCAGUUAAAUGAGAGACGCAUGUGUACAGGUUUCCUGACAGAUACUGGGGAGUGAUUGUAAUCUUUCCCAGUCUGCUGUGAGGCUAAGAGGAGGAGAUUUUCUAUUAUUCGUGUUGGUGUCAUCUGUGUGCCUGCCACCUGAUAUAAUACUGUUAGUUUUUCAGUGCUACUGCUGGAGAUCUAUAGUGUGUGGAAGCUUUCACUUCACAUUGCUGUGUCUGUUUUCUUGGGGGAAAAAAAUAAGAAAAACCACCAGAUGUUUAUUGAGCAUUGGGGCUUUUAUCUUACUUACAACUGUAGUGGUAGUUCAUGACAAGUUUAAUUUUUUAGUGUGCUUUAUGUAGCAUUUUAACACCGUUGAAUGUUUGAAACAUUCAUUUCAAAAUGUUUCAUUACUGUAAACAAAGGAGACCAUCAUGAGAAGACUGAUAGCCACAAAGCAAAUCAAGGACAGAUUUUAAUUUUAUGUUCAUCACACUACAGUUUGAAUUUCAUAUUAGCUAAUGUAAUUGGAUAUUUGCUCUUGUUCUUGAUCUUUAAACAAACGACAAACAAGCAAGAAAGGAGGAAAGAGAGGGACAAGUAGCAAUGCUGUCUUUAGAUUGGUUGGGAAAACUAAAUCCUAUAUGUAGCACCUUUUUAUGUGUCAUAUUUGUGAAAUGGGAGGCAUCUUACUCUGGAUUCAGACUCUUUAUUUUGAGUGUCUGCUUUUGAGAUUUCAGGUGAGCAGUUGGGGGUCAAGUGCCUUGCUCAGUGGCACUUCAAAGAUAGAUGCACAGAUCUUCCUUCAGGCUAACAUCCAGUUAAUCCAACUUUUUUCACUCGGCACCAGAAUCAACACUAAAAAAACAUGUCUCCUGCUCACACUACCGUUUGCGCUUCAAAUGUCACGCUGCAAAAUCCCUGCAUUUUAUUAUUUGCAUGGAAAUGUCAUCAAAGCAACAGAGUCAACUUACAGAUUGCUGUGAGAAAUUCCACCUGUUAUCCAAGUCUGAACUAAUCUAUUGCAUAAACAUUGCCAGCAAUUUAGUUCAUCUUCAGCUUUUCUUCAAAAAAUUGGUUAAUGUGGGCCGUGGUUGCCUCGUUUGCUCCUGAAUCGCCACAGAAAAGUUGUCUGUGGUUAAAUGUUUGGAUGAACGGUGUUUGUGUGUUCUGCUUGGUACUGGAUUGCUCUUCAUUCCAGGUAAAAUUUGAGGUAGCUCGUCUUGGCUUCCACACAGUUGCUGGUGGUGCCACUGUAGCAGCGGGAUAUUAGUUACUCCUGGUACAGGUUGUCUAGGGCGGGUUAUCAAUUACAUGAUUUCUGCUAUAGAUACCAAAACUGUACAUGUUAUAACCCCCCACACACACACACAAACAAUUUUUUUCUGUUUUACGAAACGCCCAACAUUCCUCAAAAUAUUUCAUGUUUAAUUGUGUGUCAACACCAAGCAGCUGAACAAGAGCAUUUCUUAAAUAAAAGAUUUUUUAAAUUAGCUAAAAAUGUAUUUAUAUAAAAAAUAUAUAUGAUCAAAAAACAAGUAAACCAAACCAGUUUUAAAUUAGGAUAUCAGUUUUGGAUUCUCGUUGCUACAGACAUUUUUUUUUCGAUUCUUAGUAGUGUUGAAAUUCAACACCCAGCCCUAAUCUUAUCAAAAUACGACCAAAAUUUGUGAUUUUAUUGCCCCAACAACAGACUCUUGCCUAAAUAGGUCAGCUUUGGGACUGUUUUAAUCCAUACUGUAUAUAUAUAUAUAUAUAGAGAGAGAACAUUGGUUUACUUUAUAAUAGACACCUGUUCACAUUGUCACAUUGUAGGGAAAGUCUAUCACAAAGAAUUACUGUGUAUCUUUUGUUUUAUUUAUCAAAACCACUGAUUACAUUAUUUAGUGUGAACAAGGAUACAAAGUUAGAUACAAAGCAAAACUCACAUACAAAUACAGAUAUAUUUUGCUUUAUUUGUCCCCAGAUAAUAAGCAGAUUGGUAUUCAAAAUAUCAUAUUAUCUGUAACAUGAAUGUGUUGCUGAAUGCACUGACUAUGAUUGAUAUGGCAGUUAACAUUGUAGUUAUAGAACUAAUUUACACAAUCUAUCUUUUAACAAUAACAUCUAUUUAAUGUGAUACUUGUGUGACAUACAUUUACCCACCUAAAGCCUCAAAUAUCCUUUUUUUAUUCUUACUCACAGAUUUAAAAAAAAUAACUUAAGAUACAUGUUUUGAUUUGUAUUUUAAUGCGGAAUCAUAAACAAAUGAGACUAUUACGGACAGGACUGUGAGCCACCGCUGCCCUCUAUUCUGUGGUUUUACACUGUGAGCCAGCAGGUUAUAUUUGGUGGGAAAUCUGCAGACAGGUGGCGCUGUUCCUCCAUAGCAAACAGCAAAAGCUGUAGGAGCUUUAUCAGAGGCAGAGGGAAGCAGUGAAUGGGCAAUGGGAAAAAAUCUCUUCCAUUACAUUCAUCCCCUGAAACAAAUCUGAAGAGAAGAACUAACAGCCACAUUUGUGGAGAUCUUGCAGCCACUAUCUGAGGUGUGACGUAGACCACAAAUGAUCUCAAUCAUGGUCUCAUUUGUUUACGUUUAUCACAUUAAGGUAAAAUAAUUUAAGAAUUAUGUAUUGAUGUUUUAACUUCUCCAUCUUAAAGUAAUGGUACAGCUUAUCAAUCUUUCAAGCUUUGAUUUUUACAAUGGCAAGGUCAAAUCAUGUCUGUUUAGUUUUUUUAAUUAUGUUGUUAUUUAUUAUGUUAUUUUAGGUACAUUACCAUAGCCCUGUAGAACACUUGAAUCUAACAGUGGUGGGAGGGAGGUGUUUUUGUGAAAUGCUAAUGUAAAAUAAUUUAGUGCAAACAGAAAGACAUGGGAGAUGCAGUUGUUUUAUUGGUUUAAUAUUUGUCAUUUCACGCUUAAUGCACCGUAAAUACAGUAGAUCAUAUAUCGUGAAAUUAUUCAAAAUAAUGGAUAUUUGACUACUUGUCACUUGCCCUGGUGAACAUCCAAUUUUUUGGUAUCAUUCAUGUACAGGCAUUUGAAAUCCUGAGAGUGGCGAAACAGUAUAAGCUUCACUGAGUUGCUCUCUUGUGACAAAAUUUAAAAUAGUUAAAUUUGGUGCAAUAAUCUGUUGUAUGUAUUGUACUGUGAAAACUUUGAUACUAUCACUUUUUAUUAUUGUUGUAUUUUUAUACUUGUGUACAAGGCCUUCUGUCACAUGUUUCGUUGAUGUGUGUGGUGUUAACAGAGGUUACUGAAAUGUCACAUACAAAUUUUCACCCUCCUUUACCAAAGAAUAUGACGUUAUCUAACUGUACGAGGCAUUUAUGCUAUUUGAUUUUUAGAAAUAUUCCAACAUCUCACAAAAUAACCUUAGCAUGAAAGUUACUGUGUAAAAUGUAAAUGAAAAAAGCACUUGGAGACCACUAUCCCAUAAAAGGUAGUAUGAUUGUUUGGAUUAGUAAAAUAACUUUAAAUGCCAGUUUCUUGAAUGCAUUCUAAAUUGCUACAUUGACAAUGUAAACUAAGUUCUUUACAUUUGAUCGUAUUUAUAUCCAUCUGUUAUUCUACUUUGAAAGUAGUUCUCUUUUUAUAUAUAAUUGUUAUGUAGCCAUGUUUGAUAUUUAACUGAUAUUGUUUUGUUGAGGUUAUGGCUGACAUGAUGCCUGGCGGUCUCACAUUCUGAUGUUUGUGGGUUGUUGUUUUCUUUUAGGUUUUAGAUGCACACGAUGAGAUGGAGCCUGACGGGACGCAUUGUUUGCUGGACAGACAUUUCGACGUGUCACUGUAGGAAAAGCACAGGUGUAAAUAAUAUAAUGAAUGAUGGAUCACUGUCACGGCUUACUGGGACAUCUGAAUGGGCCGUUUAUGUUACUAGUAACACCUGUGCUUCUCCUUCAGCGACGAGACAAAAUGUUUGCUGUGAAAAGCUGAAAUAUUUUGGGGGUUUUUGUCCAUAUUCUAGGCUAACUAGGUAUCUACUCUUCUACUGAAAAGCACAUUGUCUUUUAACGAACAUAAAAGAAUGAAUAUUUUGUCAAUGUUCAACAACUACAGCUCCCAUGAUGCUUUAACAGCGUCGUAGUGGAAGAGCGGCUAGCCUCUCUACCACCAACCUCUGUAUUUCCCUCUGAUUGAAGGUUUCUUCCAUCCCUGGUUCAUAUUCUAAGAUUAAUGGGUAUUCCUCCAAAGGUCUCAGGCUUUUGGGAAAUGGUGUUUGGCAAAGGCAGUGAGUUUAGAUUUUCCAUCGUUUGUGUUACAACAAAUGUGAUUUUGAGUUUUUCUUUCCUCUAGAACAAAAAAGUUAGUUUAGCUUAGUGGGACUUUGUGAUGUUGUUGAAGCUAACAAAAUGUAGGAUAUUGUCUUAUUGUCUCAGUUAAUAUAAAGAGCUGUGCAAAGUUUACUAUACUACUAUAGCAUCCAUUUAGCUUCGAAUAUGGACAGAAAACUCCAGGAAAAGGUUUCAGCUUUUUAGAAAGACUGAUGAAAGAAAACCAAUCGAGUUUAUAUUAACUGAACAGAGGCAAGCUAGGUCAUUAUGGCUUGGGUUAAUUGACAUAUGUUUGACAUGGUUCAGAUUCAGGUAAGAAUUUAAGAAUCCUUCCCCAUAAGGAUGGCUGGACAUCGAAACAAUUAAUGUCAUAUUAUCUGAGAUAUUUGGUGUUCUGCACUGUUAACAAACUUGUUCUAAAUGGUAAAAAUCAAAGCUCUUUAGCAGUGUGACGGUGUAAUAUCAGAGCACCCUGAAGGUUCUUGUACAUCUGUUUCACUAUGUAGCUUUGAGUUUUUAUCUAAAAUAUUUAGUUAAAUGUACGGACAAGGUGUAAGGCCUUGUAUGUCACAGAAACAAUCUUGAUCUUGACCCUCCAAGGAGGACAUCACGGAAGGGAUAAGGGAUGAAAUGAUGAUUUAUGGAAGGUGGAUUACCUAAAAUAGACUCAAUAACGCAAUUAAUUUUUUGACAUUCCUGUAAUAUUAUAAGUUAAAUAAGUGCUGACACAAGGCACAGGGAUUGAUUCAUGUAAUAUUUUUUUUCUUUUUUGUUUGUUUUUCAAGUGAUUUGUUUUCUCCCACCAUCAUCAGCACUGAAUCAACAAAUGGUCUGUUGUCCAUAGACGAUUUAAAAAAAAUAUUACCUCACACUUUUGAGUGUUUUUGAGAAGACGUGAAGCCCAGUCAUUCCUGAAGUGUGAUUGGCGAAGCCUGCAAAGCUUUGUAUUAUUCCCAUUUUAUUCCUGCAUGAUUGUUGUGGAAUGUUCAAAAGUUGUGUAAUAAAUCUGAAAGUAACUCAUUCUGCUGAAA